GUUGACACAUAGGAAACUGGUGGUCAUGUUUUCACAUUGUGCAUCUCUGAGGGGAGCCAGUAUCAGAUAUGAUUGGUUUCCAACCAUCUAAGAGGCAAGCUGCACAGACUAGUGGCUAAAGAAGAACAGGGCAGUGGAAUGCAGGGAAACUAGUUCAGAUGCGUCCCUUUUCAUUUACUAGGAAAGGACUGACAGCUAUUUGUCUGGUUUUAGAGUGGUGAAAGAGAUUCUGUUUCCAGGAAACCCAGAUCCUUGUGACAGUUAUGACACGCAGUGCUGGGUUUGAUAUUGGAAUGAAUGAAGUGCUGGGUUUGAUAUUGGAAUGAAUGAAGUGCUGAGUUUGAUAUUGGAAUGAAUGAAGUGGUGGAUUUGAUAUUGGACUGAAUGAAGUGGUGUGGAGUGAUGCACCCUGGACCGUCACUGGCUUUAGCAAUCAUCGCAUGUUUUCUGCAGAGAUACUUCUGUGAAAGUCGCUGGGACAAGGAAGAAGGUUUGAAGCCACGCUCAGAGACGUACGGCUACAAAGCUUUCUCUGGGGAGGGGUUUGUCAUGCAAUGUAACAAACCACAGUCCACCGGUCUCUGUGAGCGCCUCUACAACAUCACAGCCAGCUCUGAGGAAGCUGAUUGGUCGAGGGCCGAGGGGGAAACCAAUAGAGACAGAGAUUUCCUCAGAGAUGACGGGGCCGUGACAGGACGGGGGAAUGCGCUCUGGUUCUCUACCGUUACCGCAAAGGACUCUGGGAAGUACACAUGCCACACAGGUGGUAUGGUGAUCCACUUCUAUGUGGAGGUGCUGGAGAGGGCCAGCCUGGGGUGCAGGGACACAGAGGAGGACAGGGUCACUCUGGUUCUGGGCAAAGGUGGCAGGAUCCCAUGCCCUGGGAUCAAAUGUCAGACACAGAGGUCAGAGGUCACAUGGUACAAGGAUGCCAGGCCUGUGUGUGAGAUACAGGAGAAGAGGACUAUCUCUGUGGUAGACAGGUAUACUCUUCUGCUGGGUACUGUCUAUGUGAGUGAUGCUACACUGUAUUUCUGUGACUACACCUAUGAAGACAACGGGAUCCCCUGGACAGUCAGGAGAUCUGUUAACGUCUCGGUCAUACCAGCUGACACCACAGACCCUCCACAGAUUACUUAUCCCCAUGGCAACAAGGAGGGUGUGGAGCUGGGGGAGCCUCAUAAUCUGAGCUGUCAGGUGCAGUUUGGGUUCCAGAGGACCUUUGACCCAGUGGUCCAGUGGUGGAUCAGUUCCCAUAGCAACCAUGAAGGCAUGAUGAAACUGAUGGAGAUGGAGGCACAGCAGGUGAGGGAAAGGAGUAUUGAAGAGUUUGAGUUCACGGUCACCAGGACAGCUCAAAUCCCGGAGGUGACCCAGCUACACCUGGACUCCACCUUCACCUGUCUGGCCCAGAACUCUGUAGGCAACAGCAGCGUCACCAUCAGGCUGAUAAGGAAAUCUGCAGUUUCCCGUGUGCUGGUGAUAGUGUGUCCGGUGGUGUCUCUGCUGUUUGUAGCUGGGCUGGGCAUUACAGUGCAUGUCUACUGGCUAGAGAUCUCUAUUCUCUACAGAAUCUACCUGCCAUACAAACAGACCACCACAGAUGACAAGGAAUAUGAUGCCUUUGUGUCCUACGUGCCCAGCUCUUCCUCUGAGGAGGCGGGGGGACGAGGAAGAGGAGUAAGAGAGGAGCCACUGGAGGUGCUCCUGCCCAGGGUUCUGGAGGGGCAGUGGGGCUACCGCCUCUUUCUGCUAGAGAGAGACCUGCUGCCGGGCGGAGCGUAUGCAGAGGAUGUGGUGUGUGCGAUCCGCAGCAGCAGGCGACUGGUGUGUGUCCUGAGUCCUGACUACCUGGCCAGUACUUGUCUGUUUGAACUGGAGACAGGCAUCAGAGCCUUACAACAAGACCCACACCUCAGGCUCAUCCUCAUCUGGACCAGCCCCAACCCCACCAGCCCCAACCCCAGCAGCCCCAACCCCAGCAGCCCCAGCACCACCAGCCCCAACCCCAGCAGCCCCAGCACCACCAGCCCCAACCCCAGCCCUAGCACCACCAGCCCCAACCCCAGCACCACCAGCCCCAACCCCAACCCCAGCACCACCAGCCCCAACCCCAGCACCACCAGCCCCAACCCCAGUCCUAGCCCCAGCACCACUAGCCCAACCAGCAGCAGGCCUCUAUCUCUACCCCUGUCUCACACCCUGGGCCUGGUGGCUCCAGCCUCACCGCUGCCCCCACUGGUUCGGAGGGCCAUCAGAGUCCUGCCUGCUCUGCACUGGACCCCCCAGGACCAGGGAAGGAUGAUAACUAGCUCCAACUCUGGAUCACGGUUCUGGAGAUCCCUCCACAAGGCCAUGCCAGCCCAGAGUGGGACUGGGACAGACACAUAGACACUCUUAGACAGACACACAGACACCCAGGACAGAGGGACUGUUUUGUAGCCGUUAGAAGUUCUCAAUGCCUGGGCUGGGUUCCCCUAAAGCUUGAAACUAAAUGGAUGAAACAUGAUCUUAGUGCUACUAUGGGGGGGAUGGUUCUCCAGUAACUUGACACCUUGUAUGUAUUUAUUUGGGGGGGAUGGUUCUCCAGUAACUUGACACCUUGUAUGUAUUUAUUUGGGGGGGAUGGUUCUCCAGUAACUUGACACCUUGUAUGUAUUUAUUUGGGGGGAUGGUUCUCCAGUAACUUGACACCUUGUAUGUAUUUAUUUGGGGGGGAUGGUUCUCCAGUAACUUGACACCUUGUAUGUAUUUAUUUUUUGGAG